CAUCAAAUAGAGGGCAAGUAAAUAAAUAAAUAAAUGAGAUUUUUCUCUAUUUUAAGUUAGACAUUAAAUUACGCUUUAAAUUAUAGAGAUCUGAUAUAGGUAUUUUGUUGGGGUAUCUUGAAUAUUUAAAAAAGUGCAUGGUUGUAAUCAUAAACAAAAGCGAUUCGCUGAUUUAAUGUGAUUGUGAUAAUCUCCAAAGAAGGUUGUGAAAGAAUCUGAUCGCAGCAAACACCUAACCCAUCCAAAGAAAUAAGAAUGAAGCCACUUCAGGUUUAUCGUCAAGCUUCAAUUUUCUUUAAUAUAUGCAAGUCAGGAGGAAGAAAAUGGAGCCAGAAAUUUAACAGUAUUGGUAGAAAUCCACAAAUGAGAAAAAUGCUCUUGCCAUGUUUCAUAUUUCACAAUAUGGCACAGGUCCACACAGACACCAUCAGCAAACACAUUAAGAUUACAAGAAAUGAUGAUUCAAAUGAAUCCAAUGCACCAUUAGUUGUGCUCGUUGCAUGGAUGUUGGCCAAGGAUCACCACAUUGAAAAAUACAGCAGUAUUUACUUAGAGAGAGGGUUUGAUAUUCUUACAGUGAAAAUUACUCCAGUCAGUCUGUUAUUUCCAGCCUCUCGCUGUCACAUCCUUGCUCAAUCCCUGUUAGAUUUUCUGGAAGAACAAAAACAGUAUGAGAAGAUCUUGGUACAUGGUUUUUCUGUAGGAGCCUAUUUUUUUGGAGAGUUCCUACGAAAGUUGAAAGAAAAACAUGAUUCACUAAGCCUGGUUCAUCGAUUUAAAGGGCAAAUAUUUGAUAGUGCUGUUGAUUAUGAAGGAAUUCAGAAAGGUUUUCCUCGUGCUAUUACAAGUAACCCAUUAUUAGUCAAGCUUGUGGAGUUUUACAUUCAGAGUCACCUUAAUAUAUUUUACAAUGUAGCAACCAAACAUUACCUGGAAUCAUCGAGAGCAUUUCAUAACACAUUGUUGAGGUGUCCUUCCUUAAUGUUAGUCUCAAGAGAUGAUCUGGUUGGAAACCCACAGGCCAAUGAAAAGGUGAUGAACAGUUGGAAGUCUCUGGGAUUGGACGUGUCAUGGAAGUGUUGGGACAAAUCUGGACAUGUCAGUCAUUUGUACCAUCACAAAAAUGAGUAUAUUGAUGAACUUGAUAAAUUUCUUAAGAAAAUUCAGCUUUAAGGGCAUUCUGGAAUGGCAUAUUGUUUUGGUUAAUUUGUGCCAUAUUGUUUUGGUUAUUUUGAAAGAACUGCUUAAUUAUAGUGCAUGUAUUGACUAAGUUGAAUUUAAUAUUUUGGUCUGGAUUUCAAUUUUUUUUUACUCCUAUCAAGAAUUUUGGUAACUGAUAGCUCUACAUGAAGAAAAUGGACAUUUUAUUUAAUAAAAAUAAUUCUUUGAUUAAAAGUGAAAAUUUAAUGUACUUUAAAACUUAGUAAAAAUGUAUUGUAUGUUCUUAUUAACUUCCUUUUUCUUCCUUUUAAAUAGGUGUAAUUUUAUACCAUUGGUCACAUUAUUUGUCUUACAUUUUUUAAGGAAUUUUGUGAGUUUUUAACAUGCCUAGUGUGAAAAAUAAACUAAGUUUCAUUUGAGCACCUAAUUACAUUCAAAUAACCCAGUUGAAGGAUUAAUUUUUAAGCUUAUGGCUUUAAGAAAAUAACUAAAAGGUUAGUGUUUUACUUUAUGUUACUUGGAGAUACAGUUAGUAGUGUACGUUCAAAGGAUAUUAGACUAGUGAAUAUCUAGAAUACCUGUGGUUUACCAGUUUCACCCAUAUAUAUAUAUAUAUCUAAUAAUGUAUCAAAAAUCUUCUUUUUUUUUUUUUAAUUAUUUAUAGCUAUUGUAUUUUAAUUAAAGUUAAGAGUUAAGUUCUUAGCGUAGUUUAGAAAUGAUGGUGAUAUAUUCAAACUUAGCUGAUCAUGUACAGUGUUAGCUAUUUAUUCCUGGCAUAGGUUUCAACUCUACUUUGAAUACUAGUAUAUUUCAGUUUAAAUACAAUGUUAUUGAGUCAUUUAUUUUGUUAUAGGCAUUUUACAAUAAGUGUUUUGUGUAAAGUCAUUUGUCUUAUAUUAAGGACUGUCUCAAAAGUUAUGGUAUUACAUCAACCCAUCAGCUUUAAAAAUAUAAUUGUUUAAACUUUUCAUGCAAGAAAACGAAAAUCUUAUCACUAAGAUACAUAAAUCGUUAUGAAAGAAGAAUGAAAAACUACUUUAUAAAGCAGUUACUACAAAUCAAAAUGUUACACAUAAUGGUAGUAGUAAGAUCAUCAUUUUCAGGCCAUUAUGUUGUACUCUUAUUCGUUAUUUCAAAGCUGAUUUAAAAAAAAAUCAUUAUCAUUCCUCUAGUUUUGUCAUAUUAUAUUUUUACCUGUCAUUUUGAAAUGUAAGACAUAUCGUCAGAUUCAAAUUUUUUAAAGAGUAGAGUAACCCUAAAGGCAUUUAAAGAUAGUCAAUGAAGCUAAAAGUGGCUAUGGAACAACUAAAUUUUCCAAUUCCAAUGUAUGAAAAUGUUUUACAUUAGUAGUAUUAUACAACUGCUAAUGUAUAGGAUAUCAUAUGUACAGCUAUGUAUGUGAAUCAUUCAGCAUUAACAGCUGCAUUUACACAGUUUUAACAUUCACUUUAUUAAAAUGGGAACUAGCCAUUACCUCACACAUUACUAGUUCCAUUUAAAAUUAGUGUUCCACGUGAGACAAAAGUUUCUCAUAACCUGGUACCUUAUGUUUCUGUGUUGUUACAGAAUGUUAGCAUAAAAAUCUUUAUGUCUUGGAAUGCCUUUUUUUUUGCUACAUAUUUUUAUUCUAAGUUCCAAUAUUGUAGAGCUCAUUAUUA